AUGGAUCUUAACAAUACCCCCUUUUUGGUAGAUGCUAAUAAUAUGGCUAGCAUUUACAUUAAUUACAUUACGGAUACUAUUGAUGAAGUGGUAAACAGAAAAUUUAACACUCACGAUGAAAGAAUCAUGGAAUACUACUUUACGGUUUCUGACUUGAUAUAUGAGAGUUCAAUUCUUGAAAUGUCUUUGAGUGAACUACUCAAAAAACUAAAAGAGCUUUAUGAAUUGCAAUCGGGUGAAAGUGAAAGAGAAAUCCGAAAGAUUGAAAGUAAGUUGAUUUUCUUAGUCAAAUCCAAAAACAUGAUUCACUUUAACUCACCUGAAAAAAUUCAGUAUAUUGAAGACCUUGAAGAAGUUCUUCAAGAUCAGUUUGGAAAGAUGGCUGCUGAUAAAAUUAAUAUGUUCUUCAAAAAAGAUAGAAAGGAAGGGAUUGCCAUUGAUGAAUUUUUUUUAUUACCAACUAAAGUUAUCGAGUUAUUAGUGUGGGCAAAUAUUCAAGUCAUAUCUGAUAUUAUCAGCUAUGAAAUGGGUACUCCAAGAAUAGAAUUUAUCAAGGCUACUAUUAAACUUUACCAUGCCAGUUAUGACAAAGAAACAGGACAUCUACAAGACUGUGAACCCAAAUCGGUUUAUGAAAUUUUUGAAAAUGAUAACAGAGAAGCCAGUAUCUGGGAGGAGGAUGCAGCCCACCGUCUCUAUCUUGAACAGGAUAGCAGCUUCCUUCAAGAGGUUCUAAUGGACGGAAAAUGGACUUUCCAAACGAAUUCGUAUGAUGGCCAAUCUUUUCAAGGUAAUGCUGUAACAUUUGAUUGUCAAAGCAGUGAUGAAAGUAUCUAUAGUUAUGAGUUUGAUGCCCUGGGAAGUGAUACUUCUGAAACCCAAUCUGAUUUGCAAGGGCUCGAGGAAGAUUACGAGGUCCCUUUCGAUGAGCCGGGAUUAUCAUAUCCUGCAGUAUCACUGUCCGAUAUUAGAUUACUAACUGCUAUUAGCACAGAGUUCAAUUUCCAAAUUCAACAUCUUGAAAUCUCGUCUUCUCAUUUCAAAGCUUCAACCCAUUGUGUUACAGAAAGAUUCGGGAAUGAUAACCCAAAGUUUAUUUGUGUUGGAAAAGUACUAAAGGAAUUGUCGUAUGACUAUGAUUCCAACACCGUAGGUUUGUUCUUUAAAAGAGUUGGCCAAGAUGUCAUAUAUAUUGCUCUAUACGUGGAUGAUUUAUUUAUGGCUGCAUCCAACUUUGAUCUAAUUACCGAAUUAAUGCAAGCACUCAGCAAAUAUCUUGAUUUGAACUAUUUAGGGGACAUCAAACAAUUCUUAGGUAUUGAAUUUGCUAGAACAGAGGAAGGCUAUUCAAUGUCUCAAGAGAAGUUUCUUAGGAAAGUUCUUGCCGAAUUCAAUAUCAAUGACAUGCCCAAUUCUAGUGUACCAGCGUAUAACAGGAACAACUAUGUUUGUGAAUCCAAUCUUAAAGAUCAAUCUUUGACUAGAGAUCAAGUGCAGUUAUACCGAUCAGGAGUUGGUGCCUUGUUAUGGUUGGCUAGACAUACUAGGCCCGACAUUAGUUAUGCAGUUAAUGAAUUAGAUCAGAAUAGUAACAAUCCCACUCACAUUGAUGUCAACAAAUUAAACUUGUGUUUCAGGUAUCUUAAGGGAUCUCCUGAUCAACGAUUAAAUUUUACCAGAUCAUACUCCGAUCUCGAGAUCUUUGCAUAUGCAGACGCUUCAUACUCUCCUACUAGAAAUCGUAAAUUGAUUUCUGGAAUGGUCUGUUACUUGAAUAAGAAUUUAAUUCAUUGGGAAAAUAGAGGUCAUAAGUUUGUAACUAAGAACUCACUGGAAGCACAGCUAUUUGCUCUCAAUAAAUGUGUUGUAAAAUGUAAGGAUUUGAAGAGUUUGUUAAAUACUAUAGACCUAAGGAUGAGAGCUGUAACUAUCAAUGAAAGUAAGAAACAGGUUAUUGCACAUUGCUUAAAUCCUGAUAUUGGUCAUAAAUCCAGAUUGCUUGAUACAUAUUUGAAAUACAUCAGACAAGAGCUUGAGAUGGAUGAACUGUUAUUUCUAAAACAUGUUAGUGCAAAGUUUAAUUUAGCGGGUUUAAUUACUAGAUCAUUUUCGAAUUCAGAAUUAAGAUCUUUGAUCCACUUAUUAUCUUCACCACUAACCGAUCAUCAAGAUACAGCCAAAAAUGUGCAAUUAUUGAACUACUUAGUACAGGGAGAUUCAGAAAUCAAUCUCUGGUAG